CACUCACACACACUCACAUACCAGCUCUCUCUCUCUUAAACACAAACACGAUACUUUUGUGGAUUUAAAUGGCGACGUUUCUGAAUUUGUGCGUUUUAAUAACCGCGUUUUGUUCUGCUGUAAUCUGGGUUGACGCUGACGAGGGAGAGCGGCGAAUACUCCAUCGACAGAAAAGAGAAUGGAUCAUCCCUCCGAAGAAGCUGUAUGAGAACCUGGAUUAUACAAGAGAAGAGUUCAUUGCCAAAAUCCGAUCGGAUGAAGAGACCAGGACGGAUGUCGAAUAUUCUCUAAUAGGAGCUGCAGUGGACGAGGGAUUAUUCAGCGUAGGCAGAAAGAAUGGCUACGUCAAGAUCCAUGGCAUCUUGGACAGAGAGAAAACCGCUAGUUAUGAACUCAAAGGAAGAGCUGCACUAAGAGAUGGAACGCUUCUUGAAAAGGACCUCGAGUUGAAAAUCAUAGUUCUAGACCAGAAUGACAACGCCCCUGAGUUUAAUAUUCAGAUGAUCGGUUCUGUCGAAGAGCUCAGUGACGAAGGCACACUUGUAAUCGUAAUCACAGCCAUUGAUGCAGAUGAGCCAGACACAGUAAAUUCACAAAUCGCCUACAGUAUUAUACGGCAGGAGACGGCUGGAGCGAUGAUGUUCAGGAUGGAGAAAUCGUCUGGCGAAAUCAGAGUCAGGAUGAACACUCUGGAUCGAGAGACACAAGAAACUUACAAGCUGAUUAUCAUUGGUACAGACUUGAACGGAGUCACGUCAGAUCCUAAAAACAGACCGCUGACAGGCACAGGGACUGUGACCAUCCACAUCCGUGACGUUAAUGACAAUGUCCCCGUAUUAGAGAAGAACUAUUACGAGGGUAGUGUGGAGGAGAACACGAUCUAUGUGGAAGCGAUCCGGAUUAAGGCCAUAGACAGGGAUGAGAUCCACACUGAGAACUGGGAGGCUGUGUACACCAUCGUCUCAGGAAAUGAAGCCGGUUACUUCAACAUCACCACCGACCGCAAAACUAACGAGGGCAUCCUGAUGGUCACUAGGGAGCUGGACUAUGAGCAGUUGAAAGAGGUCAAUCUGAUGGUGUCGGUCAGCAACAAGGCAGCUUAUCAUAAGUCAGUGGUGAUUGACAGGACCAUAACCUACCCCAUUAAGAUCAAAGUAGUGAACGUGCCCGAAACCCCUCAUUUCAAUCCCGUUGUCAAAGUCAUCUCCAUCUCUGAAGACCGCAAGACGAUCAUCCUGAAUAAGGUCAUCACCACGUACACAGCCACGGACAGCGAUACACUGUUAAUCGCCACUAACGUCAGGUAUGUAAAAGGAGAAGAUGUGGACAGCUGGGUGACCAUUGAUGAGGAAACAGCCGGGAUCAAACUCAUCAAAUAUCCAGACCGCGAGUCCAAGUUCCUGAUCAAUGGAACGUACUACGUCAAAAUCUUAUGCAUCACCAAUGAUUUUGUACCCAAAACUGCGACAGGAACUCUCGCAAUUCAGGUGGAGGAUUUCAACGACCACUGUCCGAUUCUGACCAGCUCAGCCCAAACGCUGUGUUACGGCAACCGCGUAGUGUACGUCACAGCCACGGACGGGGAUAAAUACCCCAACGCAGACCCUUUUACAUUCACAGUGGUUACCAAGGAAACAAAGGAGAAAUGGAGCUCUGAGCGUCUUAAUGAAACAACAGUCAUUUUGCGCAGCCAGGAGAUGCUGUGGCAGGGAUUCUACACGGUUGGACUGGAUGUGCACGACCAGCAGGGAAAGUCCUGCGAGGUUCAGAAGCUUGAGGUACAAGUGUGUACAUGCACUGAGGAGCAAGUGUGCCGACCUCAGAGACGGAGCAGCAGCAGCACUGUACUGGGAGCAGGUGGAGUUCUGGUACUACUGCUAGGAAUCCUGCUUCUCUUGUUGAUUCCGGUGCUUUUGCUGCUGUGUGAGUGUGGUGGAGCUGCAGCGUUUGGUAAUUUCAAGGCUUUUCCCUUCGACCAAAAACAGCAACUCAUCACCUAUCACACUGAAGGCCAAGGAGAGGAUAAGGAACUUGUACUGCUGCCUAAGUUGCCCGAGAAGAAAGACAAUGGCAACAGUGGGAAUAGAGGAGGUGGAAGGUCAACACAAGAAUACUGGAGGAAAUAUGACUGGGAAUCUCUAGAGGAAUACCGAAAGAGAAUGUGGAAUUUUAAUCAAGAUCUUGACUAUGAUGAUCACAACUUCACUGAUUUUUUUCAAUCGGACAGCUUCAAUUACAUUGCUCUAUCCGAGUCCUACUUGAGCAACUACUAUGCAAAGAAAGUACAAGAAAAGGCACUGCAGGAAGCUAGUACAAACCAUCUACUCGUGUCUAACUACGAAACCUGCCACUCAGUCACUGGCUCGUUGGAGGACAUCUGCAGCCAUCUACACGAGGAUAACAAUCUGGAUUUCCUCGAUGGCCUCGGGCCUCAGUUCAAAAGGCUCGCCGAGAUUUCCUGUGGCUCGGAAAUCAGACUCGAGGUCAGCUCUACUCUCAUGCCUUCCAAAACAGUCUCCUCCAGUUCACAAUUUGGUGUCCAAAUGGACGGUGCUAUUGGUGUUGUCCACAGUGAUGCCGCCUCCGUCUCUGCAUCCAGCUCCUCCUCUACCACCCAAAUCACAACUACAGAUUAUGGAGAGAAUAUUAGCAGCGGAGGCGGCACAUCAACAACCACUGUAGGCCAAACUCUUUUCAUCCAGCAGCCAACUGUCUACCUUUCCUCUACCCCCAUGUACGUAGUGGAGCAACAUCAUAAACCCACCUUGUUUUUGGCUUCUGGUCCAAUGCUGGGUGUUCAGGAAAGCAACAUGGUGCUGGUGGAGAAAGGGGGCACCAACAUGGCAAUCGCUUCCCAGAGCACCCAUCCCAGGCUGGGGUUGCAGCAAGCAAACACCAGAGUACUGGUGGAUCGCGGUAUUGGAGACACAGUGGUGCAUGAGUUCUCAGGCCACGCUGACCAUCAGGGCACUGUUUCUGAUACUGUUCGGGUCGUAGAGAGCCAGCGAAUAGAGAGCAUGGAGCCUGUGCAUGUCCUGCAGAGCUCCUCACACUCCAGCAUCAGCAAGAGUCAGAGUAUGCAAGCCAGGGAGCAAAAUGGAGGAGGUAUCAUGGCUUUAGGCAAUGCAUCACUUAUCCCAAGUGCCCUUUCAGUGUCACAGCAAGAUGUGCUAAAUAGUGGCACUCGCAAAGAGGUGCGAGAGGAAAGGGUUUCAGUUGUCAAGAAAAGUUUCCAGUCAAGCUCCACCUCCUAAUGCAAGUACAAACACACUCACACAUUCUGCAGCCAUUAGUAUUGGGACGCAUAUGCCACAAAAGUGAAUUCCCAGAAGAGCAACUAACAUAGAGAAAGGUCAAGACUUUUUGAAGGACCAUUAAUGCAAUUCAUAGUGAUUGCCACGAGCACUCGUUAUGCAGUGUCCUAAUCAAUUGGUAAAAUAUUACUCGUACAAACUGGACAUUUCCAUCACUCCUGGUCAUGUUUUGUUUUAUGUUAUAUGCAUUAUUUGUUUGAAUAUAGAGAACAUUAUUGGAUCGUUUGCAAUUAUAUAUAUUUGGUAACCUGUAGCGUUAGAGGAUUAAGGAAAUGAACAAUUAAUUUUCUCAUUUUCCAUUUGUUACUGGACAAAUAAAAUUUUCAUCACAUAAAAAGCAAGUAUAAAGCUUACCUGUAGCUGCCAUUGCCACUUUAAUCAGCCGGCAGGAUCACGAAUUUGUCGAUUUUUGCAAUUUGGAGAGGAUUUUCUCCUGGCAACAGGUAGCCUUUGCCUUAAAAUAACCAGUAAAAUUACCAGACGGAUUCAGUUUGUCAGAAUUUUAUAUGAGAGAGAGAGAGAGGGGCACAGCUUUCCCUUUGUUUUGUUUUUUUUUCCAGUGCGAAUGCAUUCUAUUAUAAUGUUUUUGUUAUGAGCAGGCAUUUGUGUUGCUACAUGAAACAAAAUAUCACGUGUCUCAGGCUGUUUAUCAGAUUUAAUUAAAAGAGAAAUUGUUUGACGUGGCAGGGUGUAGUACUCUGCUGGACUGUCCGUCACUAAUAAUUAACAGGAUAGGCUUUUUUUAGGAGGUUUUGACAUAAUGGUAUGCAUUUCAUGUAACAGAGCUGAGUUUUAAACAAUACAUGUAUCAUCAAAUUAUUUCUCUCUUCAGGUAGGAGAUAGUUGUUUUGGUUUCUCUGUUCAGUUGUCUUUUUUUUUUCUUUCUUUUUUUUUCCCAUUUCUAAGCCUGUAAUGGAAAUAGAGUGCACAACAAUUCUCUGCUAUUACUGUAUCUUCAUUAUGAAAGCUUUCCACUGAUUUAAAAAUAAUGGCAUCACACACACACACACACACACACACACACACACACACACACACACACACACACACACACACAUUACACAAGUGCCUCCCUGAGCGACAACACUGCAGUGCCACCUGCUGGAAUGUGGUUUCCAUUUAGUGUGUCUGGGUGACUGACAGUUGAAAUUGCAUAAGGAUUAUAUGCUGUUGGUACGAGCACUGGAUGAAUUUGGGCUGUAAGAUUGAUAAAAUCUCUAUUACUGUGUUGGAGCAAACUGGAAGCCAUCCUCCGUUUCUUCCUUUGGAUUAGGAAACAGCUUUUCAACACAACACAGGAACUAUUCCUCUGUGACCUGUAUUAUUUUUUUCUAUUAUUUCUGUCUUUUUUUUUUUUGCAGAUUUCAUCUAUUGUUGGGAAUAUUUUUUUUUUUUCUGCUGUGUGUUUAUUUUUAAAUUAUUUUAUUUUUUAAACUCAUUAUGGCAGUAAGCUGUGAGAGUCAGUCAUUCACAACCCUGUCUGUCAUCUUCACCUCUGAUUAUCAGCAGUCACACUGACUGCAUCCCAGACCUGAAGGUGUGUAAUACUGACAGAAUUGUGCAAAAUGUUUGAACAUGUAAUAACAUGUCUCAAUGAUGACUGUAUAAUUGAAUUCAUUAUCUGCACAUGCCUAUUACAGUAUAGUUUCUCCUCAAAGAAAAAGAUACCAACAUUUGCACAGGUUUUCUCUCACUUUUCUCCGUCAAUUUUACCAGAAAUCUGCAAAUUUGCUAUAAUUUUUUGUGGGGUUUUCUUUUUUCUUUUUUGGCAUAAUGGUAUUGUGUGUAUAUAUUGCAUGAUAUGUUCUGUCUGACUGCUGUAGCUAAGAUUGAUGUAGUUUAGAGUAGAAGUGAGGCAGGUCUGUUUUUGUUUUUUUUUAAAUCCCACUCCCACCUGCACCUGAUGGAAUACUGACUAAAUCCCACCUGCUGCUGAAGGAAUCCUGACCAAUCCAGCCCAUUCUUGAUGGAAUUUCUGACCAAGCCUGCUCAGUCCUUAGGGAGUUCUGACCAAUCCUGUCCAUUCCUGAAGGAUUUCUGAACAAUCCUACCCAAUCCUUUAGAAUAUCUGACCAAUCCUGCCAAUUUCUGACCAGUCCUGCUAAUUCCUGAAGUAUUUCUCACAAUCAUGCAGAAACUUUGCACAAUCCUGCACAACACUCAUUACAUAUUGCAAAAAAAAAAAAAGAAAAAGGAUUUAUUUCAAGGUAAUAAAUCUCUGCUGCCAACAUUAGCACAUGAUCCUUAUUUCAAACAGUAAUUAUAAUCAUUUGAAAUGUAGGGGGUUUUUCCUGUUUAACUGAAGGGUGCUUGAUAGCAAGUAGCAAGUGCAAUUUUAACUUUUAAUUAUUUUUAUUUUCAGAAAACUAAGCAACCGUGAUUGUAAUGUCAAGAACGAUUGUUUAAUAAUAUGAAAAUGGCAUGUUGUGGUUGUUUGUUUUUUUUUUUUUUUAAUAUGGGUGUAGUUGAUUUUAUGCUCUUUUUUUUUUUUUUUAAGAAAAAAAAUAAAUAAACACAUUCUAAUUUGUAUGAA